CACUCGGAAGUGUUUUCUGCAUUAAGUUUGUUUAGAUUCUGCUGGCUGCUGCUCGUUUCCUUAUUCUUUCCAAUGGUGACGUUGACGGGAAAAGGCGCACCUACAAAUGAAAAUAGAAAAACAAAACAUCUCAGUUUUAAACGCGCCUUUCCUCCAUAAGAUCCUUUAAAUGAGUGUUGCUUUUUGCGAUGCAUAACGUGAACUAGUUAUUCUAGUUAGUCGCGUAUUGGAGACAUAGGAGGACUAACCAGCAGCAACAUGGCCCGACUAUGGAUGAACUUUGGGAUCAACCAUGCAGCUUUUGCAUAUGCCAUGACUACACUGGGAUCAGCCAUGAUCAACAAUAUUUUUAGCUUCUACUAUGUCAAACUCUUUUUGAACAAGUACAAUAUAUCUGAAGUAGCUUUCCACCAGUCACAAGUGGUGUACAUGGUGUGGAAUGCAGUCAAUGACCCUCUGUUUGGUUACCUGCAAGAUAACUCCAGGGUCCCUUGCUGCUCUCAGCGACGUCUCUCCAUCCUGUACGGCGCUCCCCUCUACUCUCUGGCUUUUCUCAUUGCCUGGUUCCCGUGGCGCUCCUACUCCCCAGAUGACUGGAUGAAUGGUUUACACCUGACAGUGGCGCUGUGUGCCUUUGACGGCAUGCUGACUUUCGUGCUGCUGGCACAGUGUGCCUUAUUCGCAGAGAUUUCCAGCCAACAUCAGAAUCGUUUAAGACUCAUAAAAUACAGCCAGGUGGCUUCCCUCAUCGGGUCGUCCAGUGUUCUUUUCUGUGGCAUGGUGUCCACAAACAUGGAAAACUUCUCAGCUUUCCAGUCAUUCACAGUGCUGAUUGCCAUAAUAAGCUGCAUCUGCAUGAUGUACACUGGUAUGCACAGUGAAAGCCGCUUUGAUUAUGGUAAAAUAUCUGAGUCAGAUGUUCAGGGUUGCGCCGACCAGGCGGCACAUAAACCAGCAUGCUCCUUCUCCAUGUUAAAGACACAGACAUGGCAGAUUCUCACCAACAGAGACUUUCAGCUGUUUGUGACCAUGAACUUCUUCCAGGUGUUCAUGUUGGCUUUCUUAAAUAACUUCACCAUGAUAUUCACCGAGCACCUGAUUCCUCCAGAUGCACUUCCGUCAUUAGCCAAGAGCUUCAUGUAUGGGGCUGGAUUCAUCUUACCACAGCUUUUAGUUCUAAGUGGUCAGAGUCUGCUGCAAAGUCUUGGCUACUACAGGAUCAUCCUCUACACCUUUAUCUUUGAGGCUGGAAUGGCAGUCCUCAUGCUUGCACUUGGUCCUCAAAGUUACUACUUCUUGGCAUUUUUCCUCACUAUAAAUAUGGUGAUUAUACAAGCAGCCUUCAGUCUCUUUGGCCUGCCUCUGGCUGAUAUCAUCGAUGUAGAUUUGCAGAAAUACAAGCGCAGCUCUCCUCUCUCCUCCAUGGUGUUUGGAACUAAUGCUCUGUUCACCAAGCCAGCCCAGUCUCUGGCUCCGAUGAUAGUCCUUAAUAUCGUAAACCACUUUGGGUAUGAGGAGCUGAAAGAUGUGGCCAAGGAGUCAAAUCAAAGUGCUUUGGAAAACCUCCACAGUGUUAUGUUCUACUUGGUCUGUCUGGUGCCCAUGUGUAUCGCCAUUCUGCAAUUUCUGGCUUGGAGGCCAUUUUCCAUCCGCAACAGUCACACAGUUGACUUAAAGUACAUCGACACCUAGAAAGCUGAUGAUGUGUUAAACAGUUGGUUUCUUUGUGUUAGUGUAAGACAGAAGUGUAGCUUUUUGGAAAUGCAGGGAUUUAUAAGGUCAUAUUGAUCGUUUAAAGGUUUCUAAAGACUUACGUAAGGUGAAAUAAAGCCCAAAAUCAAAUACUGAUCUAAAAGUGAAGCAGACAUGAGGAAGUUUGGUGUUAAAUGAAAACUAUACAGAGAUCCUACAGGUAAUAAACCCCUUCCACCUUUAGUAGUAAUAACAUGAAGUUUGCUGUGUAAGAAUUAAUCAUCUCCAUUGUAGGAAACACUUCCCUUUACAGCAUCACUAAAGUUUGUUUUAGAGCAAACUUUUUGUUUUUGCUGUUCCUACUUUAAAUCCUUUCACCAAAUCUGGUUUGUUUCCUCAUGCCUUGAAUGACCUUGCUAUGCCUCUGCUUUGGCUGACAUGUGGUCUGAUAUUUGGCUAACAUGCUUUCCUAUGCAGAUGCAUUCACAAGUGACAAGACAGCUGCAAAUUGUGCUGUUUAAAAAUUUUUUUUUUUUAUUUGUUUUGCCCAUUUUGGCAAGUUAUGAUCGCAAUUGUUGUUUUAUGAAUUGAGGACUCUGAGAGCAGCUGGCGUCCAUGUUCCCCAAUGUUUAUUUUUUGCAUUUGGCCUUGCUUUGAUAAAAUCAAUGUUACUUGAUGAAGUCUAGUAUAUGUUUUUGAACACUUUAGAUUUAAGCAAUGUUACAUCCAGAUAAAGAGAACACCAAUUGGACAAUAUCCUGAUCCAUAAAGCCUUGACCUCAAACAGGGUGUGCUUUCUC